AUGUGUGACGUCACCAGCACAGGUGUGGCUCCAGCUCAGUCCACUUUGUCCAACUGUCUUUGUGUUCGGGGCUGUCGGUCUACACGCUCUCUGCAGCAGUCUUCCUUCCGGGAGUUUUCUCCUUCAGCAGAAAUGGACCAGGACCCUGAGACCCUGGAGCCUUUCCCCGUGGACCGAGACGGCAGGAAGCUCCGACAGUCGGACGAAGACGAGGAUCAUGGGAAACUGGGAUGUUGCGACAAGUUCCAGCGAACCGUGUCCAGGUGGAUGCUCCCAGAGAAGAGCCGCAACACCUACCUGUCCCGGGCCAACUGCUGCCCACCCCCCAUCUUCAUCAUCCUCAUCAGCAUCGCGGAGUUGGCAGUGUUUAUCUACUACGCCGUGUGGAAGCCCCAGAAGCAGUGGAUCACUCUGGACCAGGGCAUCUGGACCAGUCCCCUGACGUACAAGCCGGAGCUCAGGGAGGAGGCCUGGCGUUUCAUCUCCUACAUGUUUGUCCACGCAGGAGUGGAGCACAUCGUUGGGAACCUGUUCAUGCAGCUGUUGCUGGGAAUCCCACUGGAGCUGGUCCACAAAGGGUUCGAGGUGGGGAUGGUGUACCUGGCCGGAGUCCUGGCUGGAUCUUUGGCCAGCUCCAUCUUCGACCCCCUCAGUGCCUUGGUGGGGGCCUCCGGUGGCGUCUACGCUCUUUUAGGCGGCUAUUUCAUGAACGCAGUAGUGAAUUUCCGAGAGAUGAUUCCGCUGCUCGGCGUGCUUCGAAUCCUGGCCAUUCUAGUCAUCGUGGGCACAGACUUUGGAUUUGCCUUCUACAGGAGGUUUUACACUGAUGAACAAGGAAUGAGGGUGUCCUUUGUGGCCCAUUUCGGAGGCAUCGCAGCGGGCAUGACGAUUGGCUACGUCUUCUUCAGCGAUUACAACGAGAAGCUGCUGAAAGACCCUCGGUUCUGGAUCUGCAUCGUGGGAUUCGUGGUUUUCCUGCUCUUUGCCGUUCUGUUUAACAUCUUCCUGUCACCGGCUCCGUAG